GAGGAAGACGAGGAGCCGCUGGGCGACGAGGCGUGGGACGACGACCAGGACCACACCCCCGGCGACGACGAGGACUACCAGAACGACAUCGUCUCGGGCUCCGGCUCCCCGCCGUCCUCGCCCGACCCUAACCAGCCGCGGUACUUCCGCAUGACGCUGCAUCUGCACGAGCCCUUCACGGAGGCGCUGAGGUCGCGCAACUCGCACGAGUACGAGCUGCUGGCCUCCCAGCUGCGCCAGGGCCUCGAGCAGCUC